UCUCGUGCACGUUUCGCAUAUAAAAACCAAAGUUGACCUCAUUAUCGACACAGAUCAGCGAGAUCAUUCAAACAGAACAUUUCCUUUGACACAGUAUCUGAGACUAGAGCCUUAUCCACUGUUAGACGAUGGCAUUCAAAUUCCUAGCUGUUUUCGCCGUUCUGGCCGUUGCCAGUGCUCAGCACUAUGACCCUCACUAUUAUCACCAGCCAGAACACCACCAGCCAGCCUACGUCAAAACCGUCCAGCCAGCCAUCGUCAAGACGAUCCAGCCUGCUCUAGUCAAGACUGUCAAACACAUUGAGUAUCCAGAAGCCCCUGCCGAAUAUCAGUUCCAGUACUCCGUCCAUGAUGACCACACCGGAGACAUCAAGAGCCAACAGGAGGAACGCCACGGAGAUGAUGUCAAGGGACAGUACACUCUGAUUGAUGCUGAUGGCCACCGUCGCAUUGUCGACUACACCGCCGAUGAGCACAAUGGAUUCAACGCCGUGGUCCGCCGUGAGCCUCUGGAGGGACACAAGAUCGUCAAGACCAUUGCCCCAGUUGCUAAGAUCGUUGCUCCAGUCCCAGUUGCCAAGGUUUACGCCGCUCCAGUGGCCAAGAUCGUGGCCCCACACCACUACAGUCAUCCAGAACCCCAUUAUUCCCAUUACUAGACGCAUCCUAGUCCGCUUCUAGUGUCAACCAUCUGUUCUCAUUCACGAGCUUUUAAAAGCGCCAUACCCUCGUUUAAAAGCUUUAUCUCACUCUCACAAAUUAGUCUAAUUGAAAAUAUAUAUUUGUAAAUAAAAGAAUGAAAUGAAAAAUGAAUCUAAACAAA